AUGAACACGUUUAAUAAAAUCACAGCAUUAACUGCCGCGGUUCCAAAAAAUGCAAGAUUAAUCACGACAACAAGUGUCCGGCCAAAUGCCGACGAUGGAUGGCUUUCGAAACUUCUGGUUCGAAAAAUCGAACCAACUAAAGAAUCCCAUAGUCGUAUGCUUAGCGAUAAAGAGAUAGUAUACGCACUACAUACACAUAAUAUAAGACCCGACUCUGUAGAUAAAUAUUUGAAGAACUAUGCAACAUCCGUUGCUUUUGUGGAGUCAAAGAAGUCUGAGCUUGGAUGUGAAUUGGUCGGAUCAUGGACAGUGUCUGUUGGAGAUAUGGAUCAGGCUUUGCACCUGUGGCGGUAUGUUGGAGGUUUCGAGAAGAUUGAUAAGGCCAAAAUUAUGUUCAGAGAAAAUCCUGAUUAUCGGGCGUUAGAGAAGGAGCGCGGCAACUUUGUGCGUUCUCGUCAUCUCCAGUAUCUACUUGCCUUUAGUUUCUGGCCUUCAGGAGAGCCCCGACAACCAAGCAAUAUCUACGAAAUUAGAUCCUACAGUUUAAAGCCCGGCACAAUGAUCGAGUGGGGCAAUAACUGGGCCCGUGGUCUUACGUACCGUCGGGCUAAGAAUGAGGCUUUCGCUGGUUAUUUCUCCCAGAUAGGAAGACUUUAUAACGUACAUCACAUUUGGUGUUAUAAAGACCUCCAAGCACGUCGCGAGACCCGUGAAAGUACGUGGCGAAACCCAGGUUGGGACGAGUGCGUCGCAUACACUGUGCCACUAAUCCGCGAAAUGCACUGUCGUAUUCUGGAGCCUACUGAAUUUUCGCCUACUAAGUAA